UUCAGGUCAUAAACUCACACACAUACAUACACACACACCUUCUUCUCCUUCUCUUUCUCUUCCCUCUUGUUCUUCUUCUUCAACAGUGUCUCUUUCAUUUCACUCUUUUUUCUAUUUACCAAAAAAAAUACAAAACAAAACUUGCAAAUUCCAAACCCAAAAUCGCCAUCAAUGAAUCACACCCAUUUCCUCUCUCUCUCAUAAGCCUUUUUCUCUUCACAUUCAGAGCCAAACCGACCUCGUUCUCCCUCAGAUUUUGACCUGUGGAAUCGCUGAAUCGAAGCAACAUUCAGUGGUGGGGUUGAAGGUGGUGGGGCUGGACGUGACAAGAAGUUGCAUGUUCUGGGUCUGCGUGGUUUUCUCGUCACAUUGAGUUUUGCAGCAGAGGCUUGUUGUUGUUGGUGUUGUUGUUCUUCAUGGCAGCGAAGCGUGUGUACGAGGCAUGGAAAGGAAGUAACAAAUUCCUAUUCGGAGGAAGGUUGAUAUUUGGGCCUGACGUGAAAUCGCUGCUUUUAACCUUGUUCCUGAUUAUUGCUCCGGUUAUCGUCUUUUGUGUAUUUGUAGCAAGGCAUCUUCGGCAUGAGUUUUCGUCGUAUAAUGCAGGAUAUGCUAUUUUGGUGGUGGCAGUUCUCUUUAAUAUUUUUGUGCUGGUACUUCUCUUCCGUACUUCUUCGCGUGAUCCGGGCAUUAUUCCGAGGAAUUUACAUCCACCAGAGGAAGAGUUCCGUUAUGACUCUUCAGUUUCUGCUGAUCCCGGGGGACGACAAACACCAAGCCUCCAGUUCCCUCGAACAAAAGAUGUAAUGGUCAAUGGCCUUCCUGUAAGGAUAAAGUAUUGUGAGACAUGUAUGUUGUAUCGUCCUCCUCGUUGCUCACAUUGCUCCAUUUGCAACAAUUGUGUUGAACGUUUUGAUCAUCAUUGCCCUUGGGUGGGCCAAUGCAUUGGACUGAGGAACUACCGUUACUUCUUUCUGUUUGUUUCUUCAGCAACUAUUCUUUGUAUCUAUGUGUUUUCUUUCUCCGCCUUUUACAUCAAGGUUCUGAUGGAUCAUAAUCAUCCGACAGUUUGGAAGGCAUUCAAAGCAUCCCCUGCAUCUGUUGUACUAAUGGCAUAUAGUUUCAUCUCUUUGUGGUUUGUCGGGGGACUCACUGGCUUUCAUUUGUACCUCAUUGCCUCAAAUCAGACUACCUAUGAAAACUUCCGUUACAGAUCUGACCGCCGGAUCAAUGUUCAUAACCAAGGUUGCUUAAAUAAUUUUCUGGAAGUUUUUUGUACAAAAGUGAAUCCUUCGAAAAACAAUUUCCGGGCUUUAGUUCAAGAGGAGAUGCAGAGGCAACCCCCUCCCGUCACUGCCCGGGAAUCUGAACCAGAUUUGGGUGGAGAUCCUCGUUCUAAGGUUGAAGAUGAUCUAGAUAUUGGUGAAGACCUGUUAAGGAUAUCACAGCGUCGGAAUAUUGAAGACAUUAGUGAAGACAUUCGCAGUAGAGGUAGCAAUGGACCUUCCCUUAAUACAUCUGAAAUUGCAUCUGUUCUUGGCUCAGAUCGUCGAGCUCCAAGCAUUCGAGCAGAAGCAAGGCGCUCGAGUUGGGGAAGAAGCGGAAGCUGGGAAAUUGCACCAGAGGUCAAUACCAGUUCUAAUGUAACUGAAACUAGAAGCCAUGUUGCUUCAAAGUAAGUGCCCCAAAGAAAUGACUUGAGAUUGUUUUUCUGAUAUUUGCACAGCAUAUCAAUUUAGUUGAUAUGGUUUACUUAGAUGUUAAGACAGAAAAGGAAAUGCUCCACAAUCAGAAUUUACCAUCAUAGGUAUGGGACUUGAGAUUGUUUUUCAGAUAUUUGCACAGCAUAUCAAUUUAGUUGAUAUGGUUUACUUAGAUGUUAAAAGACAGAAAAGAAAAUGCUCCACAAUCAGAAUUUACCAUCAUAGGUAUGGGACUUGAGAUUGUUUUUCUUAUAUUUGCACAGCAUAUCAAUUUAGUUGAUAUGGUUUACUUAGAUUUUAAAAGACAGAAAAGGAAAUGCUCCACAAUCAAAAUUUACCAUCAUAUGUUUGGGAGUUUAA